AGAGAAAUUGCAGAAUUAUUGGGGUUAUCAAAAUCUGGUAAUAAAUCAGAUUUGUAUGAAAAUAUUUGUCAAGUGUUUUCGCUCAAAAAUAAUUUGGCUAAUGAAGAAAUUCAAAAAAAAAAUAUAAACCCAUUUAAAAACUCCCAACCACCAUUAAAAAUUACAGAAAACAUCGAAUUUUCAGAAAUCCUCUUUUGGAAGGUAUUUAGAAAUAAGUUUUUAUUCAAUAAAAUAUUUUCA